GAUGGGGGGCGGGACUUUUUGGAGUUUGUUGCUUGGCAACCGGUAAGCGUCCAUAGAAUCCGAGGGACCUGGGAGAAAUACCUGAAGUGGAACCGGACCGAACCGGGAGAGAUACCGCACCGGGGCAGCUAUUGUGCAGCCAACCAUGGGCCCGAAAAGAGCGAAGAGCACCGUCCCCCCGGCGGGUAGUGGCCCUGUGGGGGCCCCGGGUGUGGGCUCUCGGAGCUGGGAGUCCGGCCUUAUCCUGGCGCAGCUGGAGCAGGAUGACUGGAGGGUCAGCAUCGCCUUUGUCAUUGAGAACCGCCCCGAGGAUGAAGCCCACACGAAGGCGCUGUCCCAGGCUGUGUCCGUGCCGCUGCGCCGGCUCUUCAGUGUGGUGUCGUGGGCCGAUAUGAUCCGACAGGUCCAGGAGCUGGGAAAUCCGAAGGUCAAGAAAACAAAGGAGUCGCCAUUAUAUUGGGAGGUCACUGAGGCGGCCAAACUGCUGUUGGAUCACGGAGAAAAACUGCCCCUGUCCCUGAUUGCAAAACUGCUGAAAUUCCAGUUCCUGAACAUCAAGCAGAAAGACCUGCAGAGGAGGGAGGCCGAGAAGAAGGCCCCAGAAGACAAGUCGAAGAACAAACCCACAAAGGCCAAAUCACCCGGUGCCCGGUCUGCCGGCAAAUCAAAAGGAAAAAAAGGCCCAGAAGCUCCACCCCCUGUCCAAAAAGUUACCUCCCUGAAGCGCCGGGGGGAAGAAGAAGAAACCAACAGAUAUAUAGAUGAUGAGCCGGACGAUGGUGCCCAACAUUACAUCAUUGUCCUUGGCUUCUAUCAGCCUCAGCUCGUGGCCCUGUUGGCCGAACUAGGGAUCUCCGUGUCCUGUAUUAUAAGGAUAUCGUCCCAGAACUACACGAGCCUUCCUGCCAAUGAGCCGGAUCCAACAGUGGCCCCUGAAGUUCUAGAGGCAGAACAGCUCAGGAAAGUGACUCUCACAAAAUCCUUGGAAACGUUCUGGAAGUACCUGGAGCCCAUUCUGAACAGCGGCCCCCCGGGAUCCCGACUUCUGGAAGUGGCUCGGCUGCACUAUAUGGUCAAGGAAAGGCACUUUCCUCAGGACUGGGGUGACAGUGACCUCCUGUUGGCAUAUGCCACAGAGCUGGAUGAGAACGUUGCCUGCCUCAUGUACGACUGUCUGGACUGGAGGCGGCAGCACCGGCGCUACCUGCGUAACCUGCGGCUCAUCCGCGUCCCCUCUGUGUCCGUAGGGAAGAGCCCAGACAGACAGAACGUCCCGCCCGAGGCCCAGGAAGCUGACCCCAUCCCAUCAUCCCCUACAGGCAGGAGGAAAACUCAGACUGAUGUGGCGCCUCCAGCUGCUUCUCUGCCACCGUCAUCUCCAAUGCACAUGGAGGUCGAGGGCCCGAGUGGGGCGGCUGAGGUGGAUACGAGAUUUUACACUGAUCUCCUGAGCGAUCUCCCAGAGGAGCUUCAGUCGGUCCCAGUGAUACUGCACUGUGUGCUGGAACAGGUUGUGGCCACUACGGAGGAUCUUGUGCCCCCCAGCCAAGCUGCACCCAAGCCCCGCCCAGAUGGGCUGGACCCCAAUAUUGCCAGUCACAUGAUAUCUGUGUUGGAUUCUCUCUCCCUGUCGAACAAGGAAAAGAAGAACCUGUACAACGCGUUCCGUGCCCAAGAGGCAGAGGGUGAGCGGGCAGAGGAGAGACGGCCGGAGCUGCUGAACCACCAUGAUAAGAUUGGGCACAGGGCCGCCCAGGCACAGCCCCCCAGCGCAUUGGAUCCAGUCAGAAUAGAGCAGGAAAUUAUUGGAAAACUUCCCCUUGCGCAACUUCUGCGAUUUCCCCAACCUGCAGCGGAGAGGAACUCACGGAGACUCGCGCAGAUACACGAACUCAUGCACUACUGCACGUCUGACCUGACACCCUGGGAAGGAGUCUCGUGGGCAUUCAAGCUGUUCACGUUGGAGAGCCUCCCGCUGACUGGAUUGGAUGACCUGGGGGAAGUGGAGGGCAGUGGGGUGGAGGUGCAGCAAGAUGGCGACAUUCCGUGGGACGAUCCCGCCAGAUUCGCUCGCACACUGGGCAGGAUGGAAAGUGUGAGGCGGCUGCACGGGCCCAAAGCGCCAGAACCUGAAGGGAAUUCUUCCGGGCAAAGUCAAGAUCAGGAGGAAACGGCAGGAGCAGAAAAGGAGAUUUCCCCAGAGGAGGAGGCCGCACAGACACAACUGGGAGACAUUAGGAGGACACAGAGAAGAUCUCUGAGCGACUGGUGCUACUGGGAGCAUUUUAAUUCAGAACUACUCAAGCAGGUGGUGUGUGACGCCGCUCAGCCCUACAGGUGUGUGGAUUACUAUUAUCACUCUCAGGAUAACUCUCUGCUCCUCGUUAUGCACAAUCCCAUGAACCCCUACCAUCAGAGCGAGGAAUCCUGGGACAUGGCUCUCCAUUCCAACGUCAGUUUCAGAAACUACCUGGAGUUGGUAGCAGAGUCCAUUUCCAACUGGGUGAGGGAGGAGGAGGAGAAGUAUCAGGAGGAGAUGGCAGUCAGAGAGUUGGAAGCUUUGAAACAAAUUCAAUCUAGGCAGGAUGGUGAGGCCCUACCAAAAGCCAACACCAAGAAAUCCAAGAGAUCCCCCUCACCAAGAAAGUCAAAAAGCCCCAAGUCGAAGAGAUCAGAGAGCAAGGCUGAAGAACCCUCAUUGGCUGAAGCACCUGAUAAUCCCUUUAUCCGAGAGGGUUCUCUCAAGGCGUGGAAGGAGGAGCAGGACCGACUGAAGGAGGAGGAGCGUCUCAGGGAGGAAAAGAAAGCUGUAAAGGGGAGGAAGUCAGCAAUUAAGAAGAAAGGAGGUAGCAAGGAGCGGUCGGAGUCCCGGGGGAGCAAGGGGUCCCCAAAAUCUCCUAGAAGCAGGAGAAAGAGCUCAAAAGACAAAAGUACCGAUGAGGAAAUAAAGUCACAGGAGUCAGUGACUUUUGCACCUGAUCUUCCUGCGGCACCGGCACAAAAGAACUUCAGGUUUCUUGGUUACAACAUGGGGGACAAUUUGAUCCAGGUCUCUGGGGGCAGCCGGCACCUCUUCCCCACAGAUGGGGGGCAGAUCCAGGCGGAACAUGUGCACUUUGAGAAAGGCUCUUCCUUUGUGAAAGUGAAAUUACUGAAGGACGGGCACACGUUCCUGGUACAUAUCACCAACCCCACGAGACCCACCCAGGAAGAGCAGGAGGAGACUGUCUGUGCUGAUCAGGAAGGGAGACCAAACAUCACAAAGAAGAGCGUCAGUGAGUUUGGCUCCUUCUCAGCCACCCUGGAGAAUGGCAUCCAGCUCUCUCUCAGUCACUAUGGCGCCUCGGGGAAAGGACCAGAGGAGAAGGACCCGGCCCUGGCAGAAAUGCUGACCUUACCUAGUUUACACACUCCGGGUUUAGUCCCAACACCUCCACCUCCUGAAGCUUCUCCACCUGCUGGAAAAGGCCGCAAAUCCCCCCGGCAGAAAUCGGCCAAAGCUUCAAAGACUCCACAGCCGCCACCGCAACCAGUUGAGGAGCCUCCUAAGCCUCCAGAGAUAAAGGCAGAACCAGUAGAGCCCCCGGCCCAGCUUCCUUUAGAACCAGCGCCAGAAAUUUCUACCUUCCAGAGUCUGAAUGUCUCCUGUCCCAGUGGGCUCCUUGUGACAUUCCUGCAGGAGCAGCCAACAGAUCCGAAGGCUUCAGCUCCGGGGCCCAGGGAGACACUGCUUGUGCGCCAGACUUACCCAGUGAGAGUGAGGAACGCUCAACUCUACAAAUCCAAAAAUAUUCUGGAGGCCUCCAGGGUCAUCACAGCCCAGGGCUCAGUCAUUAAAUACAUGCUGGACGGCUCAACCAAGGUUCUGUUUCCUGAUGGGACAAUCAGCAGAAGUCCAGACUCUGGUCCCAUUGUCCAGCCCCAGACACCCCCGCCAUCAUCAUCUGGAGAGGCUUCAGCACAUGCCGAGACGGAGCCACCACCUCAGUCACUUCCCACGACCCCCCAGGAAUCUAAAGAGGCAGCGGCAGAAGUUAGGAAAGGCAAAAGUGGCCAAAAAGUGCCAGUGGGCAAGAUGGAGAUUCCGGAACCCUCUUUUCCCGAAACUUCCCCUUUAACUUCAAGCGCCACUAAUGUCAAGCCAGCGGGCACCUGGAUUACAACCACCUCCUCUGGGCAACAGAUUGGUACCAGGGGCUCUGAGAGGCUGGAGCUGAACCCCCUUAUGUCCUACAUGGCUACCGACCCUGUAAAUGGAACGGUGAUGAUCACUCGAGAAGAUCAGGUUGUUACUGUGCUCAAGUCCGAUGGGACCAAGAUCGUAGAACACGCAGACGGUACCAGGAUCACAACAUUCUACCAGGAGACUGAGAUGCCGGUACUGCGGGACCACAUGGAAACAGGGGAAGUCCCGCCCACUGUCAUAAAGAGGGUGGAGUUUGUACGAGUUGAGAGCCCAGACUUCGCCACCGUUAUACUGAACCAGGAAGAGAAUAUCUGCUGCGUCGUGUUUGGGGAUGGGACUGAGGUUCUGGCAACGCCUCAGGGGACCUAUCAGGUGCACCCCUCCAUGUCUGGCACCCUGACCAUCAACCAGGAUGGCGACGCAGUCUACUCUCCUCGCACAAGCGCCUCCAUUUUGGCCUCCCCCAGGCAGAAGGACCUGCCCCCAGGAAGUUACAUCAUGAGUCACACGGCGCCAGUGAUCUGUGAGGUUCUAGAUCCAGAGGGGAACCUCUUCCAGGUGCUGGUAGAUGGGAGCACAUCGGUGCAUAUUGCCAGUGGGGAGAGCGGCGAGGAAGAGGAGGAUGGUGAGAAAGGCCUGGCAGAGGCUGAUACCAGGGAACCCAGCCCUGAGGUGUAUGAUCUGCACGUGCCCAGGUUCUUCAUUGUAAAUGCCGACGGCUCCGGGGGGGAGAUUCUCCGCAAUCGGGAAGUGGAAGAUUUCUUGGCUUCUUGUUACUCCGACCCUGCGACUGCGGUGAUCCGGGAACCGGCGCCGGAACUGCCAGGAAUCCAGUUCAUCACCGUCCUGAAGCCUCUCCCCGAAACGUCUCCGUGGGUCGUACAGAAAGAAACAAGUGACCUGGUUCCCCCCAACCUCAUCUCCCGACCGUGGCACAACUUUCCCCCUAUAGAGAGGGUACGUGCGGGGCCGCCGUUGGGCAUUGGAGUUUGGAAAGGGCUCAGUAUUGGGGCUAAAGGGGAAGCCAGAUCUCACCCCCCAGCACUGAAAUGCCCCAAGGUUCUCCAGAUCCGCCAGCUCUCUUGCUAUGAGCCAAUCAGUAAAGAGCAGCGCGAGAGGCUGCAGUUAUCUCUCAAGGGAUACAUUGAUCAUGUGCGCAAGAAGGAGGCGGAGCUAAUGGAGGCAGCCAAUAAGGAACCCAGGACAGAGAAUUCCACAGACCUGCUAAAGCUGGUCCUGUCGUUUCCAGAAUCCAGAGAAUCAUCACAAAUAUCAAGUUUGGACCAAGUUCAAGUGCCUGACAUGGACCUGCUCUCCAGCCGGCUGCCCCCGUUCCCCCAGUCCCAGGAGAGAGAGGAGCAGCAGGAGUCCGGGUCCAGCGGUUCUGAUCCUGCAGCAGACUUGAAUCAUGGGGAGGGGCCCUCCAGCUCUGAGGAGUCCGAUGAACCCACCCGAAGCUCCAGCGCCCCCCGGAGAGACACAGAAGCAGCCAAGGAGCCCCCCCCAUACGUUCCAGAAAAUUCUGAGCCGAACUUUAAUUGGGCAGAGAUAAUCCCGCCCAGGAACUAUUACCCAAUGGCACGAAGUCUGAAUUUUGAUGUAACUGGGAGGCCAAGGAAAGGGAAAGUAAAACUGCCGACUUCCAUCCUCAGUUCCAAACCUGCCUCUGUGCCCAACAUUAAGCAUGCAGUGGCAGAAGAUGCAGCGCGACACAGAGGGAACAUGGGUUCCGCCCCUUUAGGGGUUUGUACCAGACACGUGCCGCGAGGUUUCCAUCUCUCCCCGCCCGCUGUGCAGUUUGGGGUCCUGCGGGAAGGCUACACCUACACAGCGACAGUCACAAUAAAGAAUGUGGGGGUGGAUCUCUGCAGGUUCCGAGUGAAGCAGCCGCCGCCCAGCACUGGUUUGAGGGUGACGUACACCCCGGGACCGGUGGCGCCAGGGAUGGAGAGCGACUUGGAGGUGGAGCUAUUUGCUAUGGCGGUGGGACUGGGGGGGCCGGAGGGGGCGGCAGAAUGGUCUCACUGCAUAGAGAUCCACAGCGAGACUGAGAUUCUCUUCCUCCCAGUCACUGGCACAGUUCUCACUGACUCAGUGUAUGAGGCUGGAAGACUCCCCUGCGGGGGGAGGGCCCCCGGCAUCAGAUUAGUCAGCACCGUCCCAAACUCCCGACUCCAGAUCCUGCGGCCCAGACGGACACCCGACACAGUGUCAUCCCUGGGAUCCUGAGCGUCUGACCCCCGACCAACAGCUUCAUCUCUGCUCCCCCAGCCAAUAAAAUCAUUCCUCUCAUCA